AUGAAGGUCGGUCACGCAUGUCGGUCGCUCUGUAGGUUAAGCGGCGUUUUACUUCUAGUCUUGUUGUUUAGCCGGUUUAAACAGUACUCCGUGGAAUCUGCAUCAAUACGAUUCUAUUUGGGGACUAGACUGUCCGCAACUCCUUCGGUAGAAGGUAGAAGAACACUUCGCUCCGAGUUCACUCGCCCAUCUCAACGACGGCCAUGUUCUAUUCCAAAGAUACUCGAGCUUUGCAAGCAGUCUGGUGUUGCUCUUUGCCUAAUCUGCUUAGCUGGCGAUCUUGAGCUUAAUCCUGAGUCUGCUGCGAGGAAUGUCCGUGGCAUAUGUAGAAAGAUUAUCAAGAAAAACCAAUCUUCUGCGGACUGCUCGGUUUGUCUAAAGUCGAUCCAUCUUACAUGCUUUGGGCCUUAG